GAAGAAGAGGAGGAGGAGCAAUGGCGACGACGGCGUGUUUUAUCAUCGUGAGCAGAAACGACAUCCCGAUUUACGAAGCUGAAGUGGGAUCUACGGCCAAGAGAGAAGAUGCUGCUCAGCUUCACCAGUUCAUAUUGCAUGCAGCUCUGGAUAUUGUUCAGGACCUUGCUUGGACUACAAGUGCCAUGUACUUGAAAGCAGUGGACCGCUUUAACGAUUUGGUGGUUUCCGCUUAUGUUACAGCUGGUCAUACACGACUUAUGCUGCUUCAUGACUCCCGUAACGAUGAUGGGAUUAAGAGCUUUUUCCAGGAGGUUCAUGAGCUUUAUAUCAAGACCCUCCUUAAUCCGACCUAUUUGCCAGGUUCUCGAAUAACAUCAUCACAUUUCGACACCAAAGUUCGAGCCCUUGCACGAAAAUAUCUGUAGCACUCAUGCAUCUUGGAAGCAGACAACCUUUUCAUUUUAUUUUAGAAUGAGGUCGAAGGUAUUCAGAAGUCUUUUCUCGCCAUCUUUAUCUUUCUCAGAAAUUUUCCCUCAUGAUUGUAAACUGUCGAUGGAGAAAAUAUUUCAUUCGCCAUAUUUAGGGUGCGCUUGUAAUACGUUUUGUGCUGUCAUACAUUAUACAUAUAUCAAUGAUUGAGGCCGUGCUGUA